ACACACACACACUCAGAGACGCCGACUGAAGAGUACACGCACACAGACACACGCACGAUCAGCAGUUAAAGGAGGUGGGACAUUUCGCUUAAUACCGCGUUCGCUGUCGCCUCGUUCGCUCCGGUUUAAUUUUUUUAGCCGUUUCAUACCGUCUACCGUGCGAUUCCGAGCUUUUCCCGCUCUGCAUUCUCCGCCGUUGCUGCUCUGAUUUGUUUUCAAGUGCUAUACUCACGGAUUUUCGAUUCAGUUUCUGUGCCGUGCCGUGUUUUUGCCAUGUUUUUGUUGCCAGUCAUAUGAUGGAGGCGUCGCAGAACGUGUCGUAGUGCUCCUUUGCCGCUCCUUCUCCCUUUCCUUCUUCCAUCUCCCCUGCCCUCCUCCUGUGUUGUGUCGCGCAAAAGUGCAGGAAUAGAAGGCGACGGCAGAGCCAAGCUGGGCUGAAAAGUCGUCGAAAAAGGCGCGGAGGAAAAGAAACGGAAAGAAGAGCAACUGGAAUAGCGGUUCGCGGACAGGGCAGGGCAGCGACGCCGACGGCGACGCCAGCGCCGGCAGAGACUGGGAACAGACGUGAGCUUGGAGCGUUCCAUUUAAAUCAGAACGGUUACGGGAACCGAGAAGCGACGGAGCGACGUCACCGCCGCCGUCACCGUUAACAAAAAGUGUCAACCGAGUGCCUGCAGUGCUUCAAUUCAGCGUGCGCCGCUUAACGGUAACGGUCCUGCAACGCGAUCGCUCAGUUCUCUUUUGAAUAUUUCGCAAUUUUAUUCCCUACUUGCCACACACGCUCGCUCGUCCGACUCAAACACCCGAAGGAGUCCGAAGAAACAUAACGGUGCGUUUGGAGUGUUUUUUUUUUUCAACCAACAUUAUUGAGUGCGGGUAGAUUAUGUCGCCAAACCGAUGGAUCCUGCUGCUCAUCUUCUACAUAUCCUACCUGAUGUUCGGUGCGGCCAUCUACUAUCACAUCGAGCACGGCGAGGAGAAGGAGGCACGCGCCGAGAAGCUAAAGGAGCGCAUCGAGAUCAAUGCCUAUCUCCUAGAGGAGCUGUCGGACAAGAAUGUGAGCACACAGAAUGAGAUUCUUGAUCGGAUCACGGCAUAUUGCGGCAAGCCGGUCACAGACUAUACAAAGGAUGAGCAUGAUAUACCAUAUACCUGGACCUUUUACCAUGCCUUCUUCUUUGCCUUCACCGUGUGCUCCACGGUGGGCUAUGGUAAUAUAUCGCCGACCACCUUUGCCGGUAGGAUGAUCAUGAUUGCAUAUUCGGUGAUUGGGAUACCCGUCAAUGGAAUACUCUUUGCCGGCCUGGGCGAGUACUUUGGACGAACGUUUGAGGCAAUUUACAGACGCUAUAAGAAGUACAAGAUGUCAACUGAUAUGCACUAUGUGCCGCCACAACUGGGCCUAAUUACCACGGUGGUAAUUGCCCUGAUACCGGGCAUAGCUCUCUUUCUGCUCCUGCCAUCGUGGGUCUUCACUUACUUUGAAAACUGGCCGUAUUCCAUUUCGUUGUACUACAGCUAUGUGACCACCACAACGAUUGGUUUUGGUGACUAUGUGCCCACUUUUGGACCCAAUCAGCCUCGUGAAUUUGGCGGCUGGUUUGUGGUCUAUCAAAUCUUUGUGAUAGUGUGGUUUAUCUUCUCCUUGGGCUAUCUGGUCAUGAUUAUGACGUUUAUAACCCGGGGAUUGCAGAGCAAGAAGCUGGCAUAUUUGGAGCAGCAGCUGUCCUCCAAUCUGAAGGCCACACAGAAUCGCAUUUGGACGGGCGUCACCAAGGAUGUGGGCUAUCUACGGCGUAUGCUCAAUGAGCUGUAUAUCCUCAAAGUAAAGUUUUGUCGAAAGGGAAAUAGAAAGAGGCCGAAGAAUAAGGCUCCGGUUGAGCAGAAAAAGAAGAGCCGCCCCAGAUAUAUCGCCUAUACGCUGCCCCGCUCUGCAUCCUGUCCGGAACUCAGUAUGUAUCGCGUGGAACCGGCUCCCAUCCCCAGUCGAAAGCGGGCCUUCUCCGUUUGCGCCGAUCUGGCUGCUGCCCAGCUGCAGGAGGCCGGCAUUAUGGUACACGCCAGCUCCGAUACGGAACUAAGCAAGUUGGAUCGCGAGAAGACAUUCGAAACGGCGGAGGCAUACCGUCAGACCACCGAUCUGUUGGCCAAGGUGGUCAGUGCCUUGGCAACCGUAAAGCCACCGCCACCGGAACAGGAGGAUGCAGCUUUAUAUGGCGGCUAUCACGGCUUCUCCGACUCACAGAUUUUGGCCAGCGAAUGGUCCUUCUCCACGGUCAAUGAGUUCUCCACGUCGCGAAGACCACGGGCCCGUGCCUGCUCCGAUUUCAAUUUGGAGGCACCGCGCUGGCAGAGCGAGCGACCGCUGCGCUCCAACCAGCACAACGAAUGGACGUGGAGUGGGGACAAUCAGCAGAUCCAGGAGGCCUUCAAUCAGCGCUACAAGGGUCAGCAGCGACCCAACGGUGCCACGAUGGUUCAUUUGGAACCGGAUGCUUUGGAAGAACAGCUCAAGAAGCCAUCUCCAACAGCGGGACGCGUCAAGAAGUUCUCAAUGCCAGACGGCCUGCGUCGUUUGUUCCCUUUCCAGAAGAAGCGACCCUCGCAGGAUUUGGAGCGCAAAUUGUCGGUGGUAUCGGUGCCCGAGGGCAUUGCUUCACAACAACAGCCCCGAUCACCGCUGGACUACUACAGCAAUACGGUCACGGCGGCCUCCAGUCAGUCCUAUCUGCGCAACGGUCGUGGGCUGCCGCCUCCCUUCGAGUCGAAUGGCAGCUUGGCCAGCACCGACGGCGGCUUGACCAAUUUGGGCUUCCAGCUGGAAGAUGGCAGCACCGGUCCAGCGCCAGGAGCAAGCAGCGGAGCCUAUCAACGCCGCGCGGCGGCUGGCAAGCGUCGUCGCGAGAGCAUCUACACCCAGAAUCCGGCUCCGUCGGCACGCCGUGGCAGCAUGUAUCCACCCACUGCGCAUGCCCUGGCCCAGAUGCAGAUGCGACGCGGCAGUCUGGCCAACAGUGGCUCCGGAUCAGCAGCUAUGGCAGCAGUGGCCGCUCGUCGCGGCAGCCUCUUCCCGGCCACAGCCGCUGGGUCCGCCUCUUCGGUGGCCUCGGCACCGCGUCGCAGCAGCAUUUUCUCGGUGACCUCCGAGAAGGAUAUGAAUGUGCUGGAGCAAACAACCAUAGCGGAUCUGAUCCGUGCCCUGGAGGUGGUCCAUACCCAUGCUGUGCUGGACGAACAGCAGCAACAACAGGCGGCGGCUACGGCGACCGGCUCCAAGGGUUCUCGCAAGCAGCGCAAGAUGGGCAAUGCAGGACUGGAUCCCCCGCAAUUACCGCCCAUCCUGUCCCUCUUUGCCGGCGAUCAGACCAGAUCCUUGCAGGCGGCGGCUGCCAAUCGACUUUAUGCUCGUCGCUCCACAAUUGUAGGCACCAUGUCACCCGUUGGAGGAGGAGUAGGAGCAGGUUCCACGGCUAGAUCCCUGCUAGAGCCCCCGCCCAGCUAUACCGAGAGAGCUGGCAUCAACCAGGGCCAGUCUCCGGCCAUUUCCGGUCCAUCGAACGCCACUUCGGGCCAAAGCAAGUUCCGGCGCCGCUUCAGCGUACGUCCAACGGCUCUGCAGAUCCCACCAGGCCAGGCUCCACCACCUGGUGCUAGUUUGGCAGAGCAAUCCUUGGCUUCCGCCUCCUCCUCGUCACAAUCGGCGCUUCAGCGACGCCUUUCGUUGCGACCGUCUCCGCUGGCACGCGAACUCUCGCCCACCUCACCCACUGGCGGAAGCUCAGCGGUUGGAGGAGCUGUGGGUGGUGUCACCGAAGAGUCUGGGCCAGCUUCGGCACAGCGGCUAUUACCGCUGCCAGCAGGCACGAGACCCAGCACCAGUAGCACCCACUCACCGCUCUCGAGGAUCGUGCAAAUCUCGCAGGCGCAGCGCAAGAGCAGCAUGCCCACCACGGGUCCAGGAUCACCUCCAGGCAAUGGGAGUGGCACCGAGAAGUAGUUAGUUCCCUAAUCCAUAAGAUGUAUUGCCAACUCGUAUAUUUCCAUGUCGAGCGUGAUUGCUUAGCUAGCUGUUGAUUUUUUUUUUUGUUUUUUGCAUUCCAAAUAGUCGAUAAGGCUGCCAAAAGUCCUUAGUUGUUAUGAUAAUGUUACAGUUAUACCUUAUACGAUAUAUUACCAGUUAUCCUAGUGUUACGUACAUGUAUCUCUCUCUAUUGUUAUCCUGUAUUUAUCUGCAUAUGUAUCUGCAUACUAUUUCAUAUAUAUUCCUCUAUUUAUAGUGCUAAGAAGGGGCUUAUGUGAACAAAACAAUCCAUAUCUUUUCCAGAGAUCGGACAGGGGUCUCCAUUUCGGUUGCAAUUCCAUUAAGCUCUCUGAGAGUUACUUCCAUUCGCCGAACAUUUUGUUAAAUAAUAAAGAUAAUAUGUUAAAACAA